GCGAGUGUUCCCUUUUGGCCUUCCCGAGACCGCCAUGACGGUUUUGUGUGUGUGUGUAUGUAUGCGUUGAGUGAGGUGUAUGUAUCAGUAUGUGUGAGUGAGUGAAUGUGAAAGGGAAGGAGGAAGAGGAGAGGAUGAGAGAGGCUGGGGGAGGAGGAGGAGGCGGCUCCACCAGCACCGUGGGGCCUAGCUCUGUCCCUUCCGAGGAGCUGUGGGGGCGACUGAACCCCACUCCCCGACCUGCCCCUUUGGAGGGGGGUGGGUGGGUUUAAAGGCCCUCCCUUAUGUGGGGGGAGGGACAGCUGGGCAGCGCAGAGCCCCCUUGAGGAAAAGGGUGGGGUGGGGGGGCACUAGGUUCCCACUUCCCCCUUGGAUUGCAGGGCGUGGGGGCUGGCAUUGGGGAGCGCCUAGAGGGCCCCACCCCGUUGCACGAGCAAGGGUUUUGCAAGGUUAACAACCCCCCUUCCAUUGCUUCGGAGGGGGGCAGAAGGCUGAGAGAUCGCCAAGGAAGGCACUGGGCCUUUCCCAUCUGGGCUCUGUGUGUGAGAGUGAGGCCAGAGCUAUGUCCCUGAUUUAAAGGGAAAGGCUGAUCAGCAUCAGCAUCAUAAAUAUCAUUUGGGGAAAGCUUUCACCUAGCCCCCCCCCCUGCUCUCCAAAGUGCAUGGAGAUGUUGUUAGAGUAACAAGCCAAGGGGCAAGUCCCCCUCCUCCUCCUCCUCCUCUUCCUCUUCCUCCUCCCCCUCUUCUUCUUCUCCCACCUCCAGUAAGUCCAAGGAGUGGGGAGUGGGCUUAGAGAGGGGAGUGGUCUGCCUACAUUUGAAAAGGGGAGGGUGGGUGUUCUGGCAACUAAGGAAAAUCUCAGUGGUGGGCAGAAGAGGAGGAGGAGUCAGGAGGAAGCAAGGAGGGUUGGAGGGGGGGGGUUACUGGAGGUUGCACCGCGCAUAGGCAAUGCCCAAGGCUCCAUCCAAAAUUAGGGGUGCAGGGGGUCCUUGAGUAGAUGUGUGCUACAGCGGGAGCUUUCCUUGUUAUUUUUUAGAUGUUCGGGGGAAGGGAAGCCUCCUCACGCAUCAUCCCCUUGUUUUCUCCCAAGGGCAAGGAAGGAAACCGUGGAGGGUAGAAUAGGAGAGAGGGGGUGAGAGGACUGGGGGAAACUGCUGCUAUGAAUCUGUAAUCGCCUCUUUGGGGAGAUCGACCCGCCCCUCCGACUCUUCUCCACCCCCCUAUUUUUGUGGGGGGGACUGAGGGAGAGACGCACGCACACACAAAUCCUUCAACAACUGGCUGGAUCUCUUCUCUCUCUCCCCCCCCUCCACUGCCCACCAUGACAACAAACCCAGUAUUAGAAUCGCCAUCCGCCCCAUGGCCACACAGCAGGUGAGUAGCCCAUCUCUCCUUCUCUCCCUGCUCCCAAACCCUUCAUGGAUUUUAAGGGGGGGGGCUGCUCCCCACCUCCAAUCUCCUCCCAUCCUAAGGCACAUUUGGCUGGUGCCUGUCUGGGAUAUGUGAGUGUUUGUGUAGAUAUAUGUGUGUGUGGUGUGUGUAGCGAUUGUAAGACGUACAGCAUCUUUUCUCUUUCGGAGGCUGCUGAUGGAUGAGGAAGAAUCUUUGGUGCCUGGAUGCGCUUCCCAAAGCCCAGAGAGUAGCUGAAGCGGGACGUAGCCAAUGUCGUCCAGCAAAGGGGCGGGGGCUGGAGCUCGCCGGCGGCGGACGCGGUGCCGGAAGUGCAAAGCUUGCCUGCGGUCGGAGUGUGGGGAGUGCCACUUCUGCAAGGACAUGAAGAAGUUCGGGGGGCCUGGGCGCAUGAAGCAGUCGUGCCUCCAGCGGCAGUGCACGGCGCCAGUUCUACCUCACACGGCCGUGUGCCUGGUGUGUGGGGAGGCCGGGAAAGAGGACACAGUGGAGGGCGAAGAGGAGAAGUUCAACCUGUCGCUCAUGGAGUGCACCAUUUGCAACGAGAUUGUGCAUCCGGGCUGCUUGAAGAUGGGAAAGGCCGAAGGGGUCAUCAACAACGAGAUUCCAAACUGUUGGGAAUGCCCCAAGUGCAAGAGAGAAGGCAAAUCGACGAAAGACUCGGGUGACGGCACAGGGAAGCGGCGUUCCGACAACGGCGAGGACGGCGUCCGGUGGAAGCUGACGGACGAGCCUGCUCAGAACAAGAAGAAGUUAGCACCGGCGCCGCCUUUGCCCCCGCCGCCCACGGAGGAAAGCCCGGUUCAGGCCGGGGCCCACAAGCGGAAGAAGGAGAAGGAGCUGCCACCCCCAGACACAGGGCCCAAGAAAAAGUUAAAAGGCACGCGGGAAAAGCAUUUGAAGAAGGCCACUGAGCAGCAGCCUGAUGGGAACAAGUUGCAAUCCAUGCAGACCUGGAGCCGCAUGGGCAGCGGGGACUUUGAGGUGAAGGGCACCAUCUCCCACCCCUCCAUCCACUUGAAUCAGAUCACCGCCAGCGACUUAGAGAAGCCGAAGGGUCCUCCGGGCCCCCUGGAGCCCUCCACGCAGUCGGACAAGUCCCACCAGAGGGAAAAGUUGGAGCGCUUCAAGCAGAUGUGCCAGAUGUUGGAGCGGGUGAAGAACAGCAGCAGCUCGAGCUCCAGUUCGGACUCUGACUCUGACACGGACUCUCGGGGCUCAGACGGCUCCAGCGGGGGGGUGUCAAGCCGAGCCGCCUCCCCAGCCACCCGCUCCCAGCGCCUGGCCGCCCUGGGCUUCAGCGCCAGUGAGGACGAUGAGGAAGAGGAGGAGGAGGAAGAGGAGGAGGCGGCGUCGGAGGGCGGGCGGCGCAACGGCAGCUCGGAGACGGCGCGCAACGGCAAGCAGCCAAAAGCUCGGGGGAACUCUCAGGAGAAAGAGAACAAUCACCGCCCGACCAGCCGGGGCAGCGAGCGGGCCAAGCAGCAGGCGGGCGGGCGCAAGGCGGGCCGGCCCGCCGGGCAGACGGGCCUGCGCAUGGUGGCGCGGACUCAGUUCCUCAACUGGCCCCUAGUGCCCUCGCCGCCCAAGCCUCUGCUGCAGCUGGAGCGGCACGUAGUGCGUCCGCCCCCCGACAGCCCCGAGCCCGACUCCCUGCCCUUGGACAGCGGAUCCGACCAUAUCAUGCAGCGGGACGUUUGGUUGGCCGUCUUCCAAUACCUCAGCUAUCGGGAGCUGUGCGUCUGCAUGAGGGUGUGCCGGACGUGGAGCCGUUGGUGCUGUGACAAGCGGCUAUGGACGCACAUUGACCUGAGCCGUCGGAAAUCCAUCACUCCCUCCAUGCUGAGCGGCAUCAUCCGCCGGCAGCCGGCCAGCCUUGACCUUAGCUGGACCAACAUCUCCAAGAAGCAGCUAAUGUGGCUUCUCAACAGGUUGCAAGGCCUCAAGGAACUCAUCCUGACAGGCUGCUCUUGGUGCUCUGUGUCGGCGCUCAGCACAGCCAACUUCCCCUCCCUGCGGCUCCUGGAUUUGCGCUGGAUCGAGGACGUCAAGGACUCUCACCUCCGCGAACUGCUGUUGCCUGUCCCAGAUGCCAAGCCAGGCCAGAACGACAGUCGGGGUCGGCUCCAGAAUGUUUCCGAGCUGCGGCUCUCUGGGCUGGACAUCACGGACUCCUCGCUGCGCUUGGUGAUCCGGCACACGCCCCAGCUUGCCAAACUGGACCUGAGCCACUGCAACCACGUGGGCGACCAGUCUGUUAACCUGCUGACUGCUGCUAACUCCCCACUCCGAGAGACUCUUGCCGAGCUCAACCUCGCCGGGUGCAACCGGCUGACGGAUCAGUGUCUGCCCCUUUUCCGCCGCUGCCCGCGCCUCUCCCGCAUCGACCUGCGCACCUGCCACCACGUCACGCCCGAGGCCUGCGCCCGCUUUGCCGAGGACUCUGUCUCCAACAGCACCUCCGCCCCCCCGGCCCCCGGCCCGGCGCCUCCCGGGCCUCCUUUCCGUUGCUCCGAGGAGAAAUUGCUGCUGAAGGACAGCUAAUACCCGCCCUGGGGUGGAGGCGCAAGGGAGACUCUGCCUCGCCAGUCGGACAAACCGGACGCGGACUCUGAGAGAACCUUUUUACUUAAAGCCAUGCACUGAACCGGAGUGGCGUCUCCACCCCCUCGAUGUGCGCAGCUAAAGAAGAGGGUGGAGGGUUGUGCUCCCCCCACCCCACCCCACUCCCCACCCCUGUCAGGGUGGGGGUCGGCCGCCUCUUGCUCCAUUCCCCCCUCGUUCCAGGACAGAGCCACGGAGUAAGUGGGGCCUGGGGUAGCCUUGUUGCUUUACAAUGCUGGGAAAAGGCGUAUUCCUCCUCCUCCCAUCAUGCACUGCGUCGUCCUCCCCCCCCCAAACCCCAACCUGUCUGUGCCGCAGUCGGUACCAUUUUCUCUUUCUCUCGGGGGUGAGGGGGGUUGACACACAGCCUUGAAAUGCUGGCUCAGGAGGAAGGCAGCUUAUUUUAUGGUGUCAGGUUAUUUUUCUCACUCCAGCCCCGCUCCCUGAUGCAUAUGUGCACUCCAACCUCCUCCACCCCCCACCUCCCCACAUGCUGCCUUUAUGAUUUUGAAAGUGCGUGUGCCUGCCUGCCUGCCUUCCCCCCCUCCCUCCCCAAGCACUCAUUUUUUUCAGUGUGGUUUUUUAAAGGGUUGGGGCAGGGGAGCCAGGCAGCUGAUACUUAGAUCCCUCCCACCCACCCCCUCACUACACACCCACUGAAAUUCCGUCCGCCCCACUUCCAUUGGGGAGGGCACAGGCUGUGGGUCGCCACACAUGCGCGGGGGCUGAAUGUGCAGGCGGUCUCCCGUGGCCCAAAUCCGGACCCCAUGUUCCUGGCCCUGGAAGCCAAAACGAUAACACACCCCCACCCUCCCAUGUGCGCACAUGGCAAUCCGUACGCAUGCUGUCUCCGCUGCUGUAUUGUUUACACACGCACACACAAUCGACAUACACGCAUGCACGCACAAGCUGUGUGCGUGGAGAGAGACUCCGUCCCGCAACACUUGCCUCCCCGUCUUUAGUCCCCAGCCGCCACCCCAGGUCACUGGUAGACCGGGCAGAGAUUCAGAAGCUUGGGAUAUCCUCCCCAAAAAUGCUUCAGAUCCACCUUGUGCGUCCCUGUGUGGAAACCCACAUCGAAACGCCGCAAAGGAGCACGCGGGGCCAAGUGUGACACGAAACGUCCUUUAUCUCUCGGUGCUGCCCCGUGCGCAUGCAAGGAGCUCGUAAGGAGGAAGCGCCUUGAAAACGCCACAGCCCUUCCCACGUGCGCAGCAGGCACGGCGCCUCUUCUGCUGCCCUCUGUAUGUAUAGCACAGCUCCUAAGGCCUCCCUCUCGGGACACCGUUCCGUACCGCGAAGGUAAUGUUGGAGAAGCCGCGUUGUGAAAUUAACACGAGGAGCGUGCUCUCUCCCCCUCCAGAGUCAGACAACUUUGGGGGUGUUGAUACCAGGAGCACCGUAAAAAGGUGAACCACACACACACACCCCAAGCCCAUAUACCUGUUAAUCCAAACAGCCCUGCCUGCUGCCACCCCCCUUGUGUAUUCCUCUUCCAUCCCAUCCUGGCACCUCCAUCUACCAUUCCACUCCAGCAGCAUUUCCAACUCGGAAGUCAUGCUCCUUCCUCUCUAUCUGCCCCCCCCCAACUCUCGGCCAGUAAUGUGUGUCUGGGUCAGCCCCUGGGGGUGGGGGUGGGGGGCAAGCAAGAUGAACAGCUUGAGUCUGCUGUCUUGCUGUGCUUGAUUUUUACUUUUGAAAACCCCUCCCGGGAGAGGAGAUGCCGCUAUCUGGCCUGACCCUCCUUCUCUGCCAGCCCCUCCAACCCUUGUCCCACCCCCACCCCACUUUCCUUCCUUGGUCCAUAAGCUUUAAUAACCACUUUUAAGGGGGGGGGAGCAGAGAGCUGCGUUUUCUUUCCCACAGCACCACGCAUGUUGGGCUUGGGUAGCCUUGUCUUAAUUCUGGUCUCCCUCCUCCGCCGCGGAGUUGUCAAACUUGAACACACACACGUUUUCCCCUCCCCACCUCGGCUGCGUUCUCUUCCCACCCCGUGGUCGUUCUUUCCCGUUUUUAAAGAGCGUGGUGGCAGGAGGAGGAGGAGGAGGAGGGUGGUGGUGGUGGAAAUACUGUAGAAAAAGGCACGAAAAAGAAUGUUCUGGACCGAAGACGUGCCUGUUUGCCGGCCAUUUCUUGGCUCCUUCUGUGGCGGAGGUGGGAUUGAUGCGGAUAACGGAGCUCUUCUUCCCUUCCGCCAUGCUGGCCCGACCCGGCAAGGGAGGCUGGUGCAGCCGUCCAAGGUGCCCAGCUCUGCUCACUGAGCCAUUUUUGCUUCUUUAGGUUUCCUCCAACGGGCAUGGGACUCAGCUAGGUUUCGGGAGGGAGAGACGGUCAGUCGCCAGCAGGGGGCAUCAUCACAGGUCACCCGGAUUCCCACAGCUGGGGGGGGGACCUCCCUGCCGCUGCUGCCCCCCAACCCAACUUUCUUGUUACAAAGAUUUCCCGGAGCCCCUUCUCUUCCUUGGCCCCCUUCCCCUCCGCCUCCACCUGGGUCCCCGGAGGAUGCCGCCAUCAAAUGGGGAAGAAGAGGAGAAAUGGCUUGAGACUGGGUUGGGUGGUGGUUUUUCUUAUUUUUUAUUUUUUUUUGUCAAAUCGGUAACCAUAACUACUUCUUUUUUUUGUUUUUUUGUUAAUAUAUACUUGAACGUUCAUUUAUUACUAAAGCAUUACUUGAAAAAAAACACACACGCAGCGAUAGGUUGUGGAAUCGGAGGCGAGGUUUUUGGUGUUUUUUUUGUUUUGUUUUUAAGGUUAUGUUGGGUGCUUUUUAUAUUGUUUUAAGAAAAUCGGUUUUCGUCGUUGCUUUUUUAAACUUUUCAUUUGUCCAUGGUGGUUUUUUUUGGUUUUGUUUUGUUUUUUGUUAUUAUUAAAAUCCUUCCCUCUCACUUGAUUAGCCAAAGAGGGCCAAGGUAUCUUACUUUCUCCCUUGCCCUGCUCCCUUCUUUUCCCUCCUUUCAUAGUCGCCUCUUAGAAGCUCCUAAAACAAAAAGAGAGAGUAUUAAAGAUGGUGAGGAGCUGUGGGGAGGGAGGGGGGCUAGGAUACAACGGAGGCAAGUGUGGGGCAAGAAAGGGAAGCUCAGUAUUGUGCAUUUAUGGGGGGGAGGGAGAAGAUAAAACAGUCCUCCCCCCCCCAUAUCCUCAAAAAAAUAACGCUAACUUUCCUUUGGACACAGCAUAAAUGUGUACUUGAUUCCAGGGCUCCCCACCCCCCCCUCUCUGAAUCGACACCCUCCUUGGUGCAAAUGAGGCCUGCUCUCGCCACAGCAGCCUUUGCUCUGUUCCUUGUCUCCUCGAUCUCAAUUCCUCCUCCGACCAAAGGAGACCCGUACACUAAGAAAUGGCAAAUUUAUGGGUCUGGGUUUCACUGUGUGCUUUAUGGAUUGUGGAGGAUGGGGAGAGGCAAAUCACUUAAUGUAAAAGGAGUGGGGGGGUCACACUCCCUGUGCCAUGGGGUGACCCCCCACCCCAAACCCUCGGCUUCCCUUGUCCAAAACAAGGGGGGGCAAGGGGGACGGAGGUGCUGUUUUCAGACAUAUCAUUUAGGGUUUUGUUUUUGUUUUUUUAAAGAAAAGAAAAUAUUUGUUUUUAAUGGAUGUUUUAACUAAGAAAAGAAAAAUACCUCAGGUUUUAAAAGAAACGGUGAAGAAAGCGAGAGAGAGAAAAGCGAGAAUUAUCAUCUAAGGGUGCGCUACUAUGCUACAGAUUGCUGCUUUGGGUGGGGGGGCUGCGAGGGGUGGGAAGUUGAAUGAACCCCAGAGAGGGGCGAAAAUGCUCCCUUUGGGCAGGGAGAGGUGGCCGCAGGUGAUAAGCCCACCCCUCUGCUCCCCCUCCCCAACCACCCAUAUUUUCUCCCACCCACAAUCACUUGAAAGGCAAAUGAGCAUUAAUAUACAGGCAGCUGUCUCUCAAGCCUAAACGGUUUGCUCCUGGAAUGAUAGAAGAAUAUGGGGGGGUGGGGUGCAUUUGCUAUCACCCCCCUGCAAAAUGAAACAAAAACCCCUUUGCUCCCACCCCAUGGAUGUAGCCUCCCACAAAAUGUUCCAAGGGAUUCCCCCUCCCCGCCCCCCAAGAGGUAUAAUAUGGAACAUUUUCCGGUCACUGGCGUAAUUGCAUACACGAAACCCCUUUCCCCAGUUUUUAGCGGACCAAAGCUAUAUUCCAGCUCCUCGUUUCCUCCCCUCCAGGCGAUUUUCUCCAUCUUUGGCUACAACUUUUAAACCGCACACACGCCCAGGUUUUUCUCCUCCUCCUCCUCCUCACCUGUAUCCACCGAGACAAAGAUAACGUAAGCCCCAGGGAGGGGAGGUGGGAGAGAAAGAAAGAAAACACGAAAACUUUAAAGAAUCCACUUUGGAGCAAUGUGUCUUUCGCAAUGUUUGACCUGCACAUCUCUGUCCCAGACCCCCGCACCCUUGGGAUGCCGGGGAGGGGCGGGCGCGAGACCAGGUUCCGAUCUGAAUUUCAGGGGUUCUAUUAUUGUACAAUAACUGUUUGCUAUAUAAACAAAAACUGAAAAAAAAUCAAAAAAAGGAAGUAUGUUUUGGUCUUAAGAAGCCUGUUUUUCAUUAUUUUCCCCCAUCCCCUGGUUUUAUUUUCCUUCUGAAAGAAAUGUUGCGAAUAAAAAAAUGUUGGGGUUUUUAAUUAAUUUUUAUUAUUAUUAUUUUCAUUGGGUUCUGUUUUAUGGUUUCUGGAAAUAUUUUUUUUAUAAACUCUCCUUUUGUUUUUUUUUAUAAAAAAGUUUUAAUUUGUUUUUAUUUUGCGUUGGUCCAAUGGCCAAAUGUUCUAGGUUUUUUUGGAGUGGGGGGGGAGUUGUCAGUGGAGAGAAGGGGAUUUGAAUUAAUAGAUGGAUGCAUAUCUGACACCUUGAGACGCCAUUUUCCAGGACUGAAACUGGCGGCACCUUUCAGCUUUGAAUCAGAAACUAUUUCAUUUUAGAGUGUGUGACUGUGAACUUCGGAUGAGCUCACCUGUUGUGUUUCUGUGUGAGUCGUUGUUGUGAAUGUGCCCUUGCCUGACGGUCAACAGGCCUUUGUCUCUACACCCGCAGCAAAAAUAGGUGGUAGAAAAGCCUGUACAAGACGAGACGGGAGGUCGAGGGUAGCAAUUCUGAAUGCACUCAUUUUUUUCUUUAAAAAGAAUUAUCUGCAAGUAGAAAAACUGGCAGGGAAAGGAGCUCCCUUCUUGAGAUGCUAGUUCUUUACUUGCAGGGAUUGAUUUAAUGCGAGGAACAUUAGAAAAAUGGCAUUACCCACGGCUGCAGCCUGAAGUGGUUCACUCUAUGCAACCACCUCUCUCAUGCUGCAUUUGUAGUAUGUCACAGAGAGGCUCAAAAGAACACCCAAGAUGCUCUACAAUAUUUCUUUUCCUUUAGUAGAUGAAUCCUAAUUCUGUCUGGUCUCUCCACACUGAGGGCGAUUCUGCUCUGGCUCAGUCUCUUGGGAAGUUUCAAAGGGGGAGGGUGCACAGUUCGGACUGAGACUCAUUGAAAGAUGCAGUGGGCAGCUUCCGGGGGUGGGGGUGAGGAGCGUACUUUGGGUUCACAGGUAGUUUAAAUUUCCCAAGGUCACCCGUUGAUCUUCAUGGUUAAGUGGAGAUUUGAGUUUAUUAUAAU